UUUUUCAGAGUUGCACCUAUGGAUACGUAAAAAUAAACAUUUCGGGAACUGAUGAACAGUACACGUUUUGCUCUUCCAAUGAUAUUAAGAACCCAAUAAUCAGUUUGAAUCAUGUGACGAUAAUAUAUAAACAACAUACCAAUUAUGGGUAUACCUCCCGUUUUGAGCUGAUCUAUAAUACAGAGAAUAUUAUUUGUACACAGCCUAACACUUUCCGAUGUUCAAAUCAUUACUGUGUCCCAAAGUAUAAGGUAUGCGAUGGUGUUAAGGACUGCGAGAAUGGAGCUGAUGAAAAAGGAUGUGAAAAAGGUGUUCUUGCUGUUCGUGGGAUUUCAGAAAGUCGCCGCAAUGCUAUUUUAUGGUUGAAAAGUAAACGGACAAAGUCUUGGGGCUGGAAGGAAAACACACAUAGAGCUGUCGUUGCUCUUUAUUUGGCAGAUGGAGCUAAGUUUAAUGGCACAAACGAGGAGGAUGAAUUAAUGGCCAAGCAAGUAGAACUCAAAACUUCUGUUGCUAUUUUAAGAAAUGGGACGGAUCCAGUUUCACCCAAUCAAUUAAGUAUGUUUGUAAAUUCACUGUUAACAGUGUGUCUUAAUCCACGCAAGUUUUACGGAUUUGACUUGGUGGAGCUCCUUAAGAAUCAACUCAAUAAUCCAUCAAUAAUUCCAGUCGUAUAUUUGGCCCUCUGCAAUGCAAACGAAACCAUGCCUGACGAUACGACAUCUAAAUUGAGAAAAGUUCUUUCGACCCAUUCAGACUACCCGUUCUUAAUAGAUUUCCAAGCUAUGGCAUCUAUGGCUCUUUCUUGUAUGAAAAAUCGAAAAAUGGGCUUAGACAGCGAAGGAAAUUUUUCCAUCAUGCAUAAUUACCAUUCAACCCUCAAGCAAUUUAAAUCAAUGCAACAUCAAGAUGGCAGCUUUGGAAAUGUAUAUCAGACAGCCUUAGUAACUCAGGCACUCUUAAGUGGUGGUCAAGAGAACAGCAAAGACUGGAAUCUCAAUGCGACGAUUAGGUAUUUGAUGGCCCAACUGAAUUCUUCUUCUGUAGAUUUCCUUACCACUUAUCUUACCUUGCCCAUUCUUAAUGGGAAAACUCUAGUCGAUAUUGCCAAAAUCAACUGCUCCGGCAAUCCUAGAAAGCACAGAGAAGACCAAGUGGCUGACAUUGAGAAUAAACUGGGACCCAAAAUGAGAGUGCAGUAUUCAUUGUAUGUUGGAGAUGAAAAGGAUAUCAUCUACACCUUGUCACUUAGAAUUCCUGCAAACAUCACAGUAUAUGAGAUAAUGGAAAUUGCGGAAGCUGCUGAUGAUAAGUAUAAUUUCAAAAGUAAACGAGUGGCCGGGAAAAUGUACGUUUAUGAAAUAGCGGAAUUACUAACGAUCCCGAAGAUGGAAAAUUCUGGAUAUUGUAUAAAGGUCCAAUCAGCAAUUCGACUGCAGCAAUUCAUUACUCGGAGAGUCCUGAUAGAUUACUUGUGCAAGAUCAAGAGCAUUUAAUAAUGUGGUACAAAACUACGCAUAUUUAAUCUACCUUGUUACUUGCAGAAGAAAUUGUAGGGAUGUUUAUCGUGAAAGGAAACUAUUCGUUGAUUUGGACUACAUCGAAUGGGAAGUUCAAAUGAAAAUUCCAAUCGAAUAAGCUUCAUUAUAAAUAUAGAAGUAGAGCAGAACUUACAUUAUGUUCUUCAUUGAAUGAUGAGUUAUCUAAUAUAUGUAAAAACUAAAUGUAGAACAUUUGCAAUGUCAAAAGUCAUGAUUUUGGAAGAGAUAAAAUAAUCUUAAAGGAAUAAAAUAUUUUACUUGAAAUAUAAUAGAUUUUAACAGCUA